AUCUACAUGGACUUCAGAACAGCUGGGACACUCAUCUUUGACUACAUCAACAGUGCCUUGGUAGCUGUUCCUGAGGUGGCCUAGGCGCUCAGAGCACUGCCUCUGUUCUCGUCAUGAGCAGUACCUGCACAGCCCUCUUUCUGAUGAUGGCCUUCAUGCCUUCUCUCAGCUUCAACCUGGAUACAGAGCGGCCGACAAACUUCCACAUGGACAGUGCUGGGUUUGGACAUAGCGUGGUCCAGUAUGGAAACUCCUGGGUGGUGGUUGGAGCACCCAAGGAAAUAAAGGCCACUAAUCAAAUAGGUGGCCUCUACAAAUGUGGCUACAGCACAGGCACAUGUGAGCCCAUCCACCUGCAGGUGCCCCCAGAGGCUGUGAACAUGUCCCUGGGCCUGUCCCUCGCUGCUGCCACCAAUCCCUCCUCGCUGCUGGCCUGCGGUCCUACCGUGCACCACACGUGCAGAGAGAAUAUCUACUUGACUGGGUUCUGCUUUCUGCUGGGCUCAUCCUUCCUGAAGGAUCAAAGGUUCCCAGCUGCUCUGCAGGAGUGUCCAAGGCAGGAACAGGACAUCGUGUUCUUGAUUGACGGCUCAGGUAGCAUUUCUUCCAACAAUUUUAAAACAAUGCUGGACUUUGUGAAAGCUGUGAUGAACCAGUUCCAGAGACCUAACACACAGUUCUCCCUGGUGCAGUUCUCCAACCGUUUCCAGACACAUUUCACUUUCAGUGACUUCAUCUCCAGUCCAAACCCUUUAAACCUCCUGAAUUCUGUAUACCAACUGUUUGGGACAACGCACACAGCUACAGCUAUUCAGCAUGUCAUAAUGCACCUGUUCACUGCCCAAAAUGGGGCCCGGAAAGAUGCCACUAGGAUCCUCAUUGUCAUCACUGAUGGAAGGAAAGAAGGUGACCACCUGGAUUAUAAAGAUGUCAUUCCCACAGCAGAGAAAGCAGGCAUCAUCCGUUAUGCAAUUGGGGUAGGAAGGGCUUUUCACCACGCUCAUUCCUGGCAAGAAUUAAAUAACAUUGCAUCAAAGCCUUCCCAGGAUCACAUAUUCAGUGUGGACAACUUUGGUGCUUUGAAGGAUAUUCAAAACCAGCUGAAGGAGAAGAUCUUUGCCAUUGAGGGUACAGAGACAGUAAGAAGCAGUUCUUUUGAACUGGAGAUGUCCCAGGAGGGUUUCAGUGCUGUACUGACACCUGAUGGACCAGUUCUGGGGGCUGUGGGAAGCUUCAGCUGGUCUGGAGGUGUCUUCCUGUAUCCUCCAAAUAUGAGACCCACCUUCAUCAACAUGUCUCAGGAGAAUGUGGACAUGAGGGAUGCUUACCUGGGUUACUCCACUGAGCUGGCCUUUUGGAAGGGGGUCUACAGCCUGGUCCUAGGGGCCCCUCGCCACCAGCACACCGGGAAGGCUGUCAUCUUUACCCAGGAAUCCAGGCAGUGGAGGCCAAAAUCUGAAGUCAGAGGGACUCAGAUUGGCUCCUACUUUGGGGCCUCCCUUUGCUCUGUGGACAUGGACAGAGAUGGCAACACAGACCUGGUCCUGAUUGGGGCCCCCCAUUACUAUGAGCAGACCCGAGGGGGCCAGGUGUCUGUGUGCCCCAUGCCCAGGGGGAGGAGCAGGUGGCAGUGUGAGGCCACUCUCCAUGGGGAGCAGGGCCAUCCUUGGGGCCGCUUUGGGGCGGCUCUGACAGUGCUGGGGGAUGUGAAUGGGGACAGCCUGACAGAUGUGGCUGUCGGUGCACCUGGAGAGCAGGAGAACCGGGGUGCUGUCUACAUAUUUCAUGGAGCCUCAAAACUGGUCAUCGGUCCCUCACCCAGCCAGAGGAUUACAGGAUCCCAGUUUUCCUCCAGGCUCCAGUAUUUUGGGCAGUCUUUGAGUGGGGGUCAUGACCUCACCCAGGAUGGACUGGUGGACCUGGCUGUGGGGUCCCAGGGGCGUGUGCUGCUGCUCAGGACCAGACCUAUCCUCAGGAUGUUGGUGGCUAUGCACUUCUUACCUGCAGAGAUCACCAGGUCUGUGUUUGAGUGCCAGGAGCAGGUAACGUCUGUCCGGGCAUUGAGUAAUGUCACUGUCUGCCUUCAGAUUUAUGAAAGCCCAAAGACCCAACUAGGUAGCCUCCAAAGUUCUGUGACCUUUGACUUGACCCUAGACCCCGGACGCAUGCAUCCCCGUGCCAUCUUCCAGGAGACAAAGACCCGAGCUCUGACUCGGGUCCAACACCUUGAUCUGAACCAGCACUGUGAAACUAUGAAGUUGCUCCUCCCAGCCUGUGUGGAGGACUCAGUGACCCCUAUCACUUUGCGCCUCAACUUCUCUCUUAUUGGCAUGCCCAUGUCUUCCUUCCAAAACCUCCAACCCAUGCUGGCUGCAGAUGCUCAAACAUACUUCACAGCCUCUCUUCCCUUCGAGAAGAACUGUGGAGAUGAUCACGUCUGCCAGGAUGACCUUGGCGUCACCUUUGGCUUCUCAGGCUUGAAGACUUUGAUAGUGGGGAAUGACCUGGAGCUGCAUGUAGAUGUGACGGUAUCCAAUGACGGCGAAGAUUCCUAUGGGACCAUGGUCACCUUCUUCUACCCAGAGGGACUGUCCUUUCGAAAAGUAGCCAAAGGCAAAGUAUUCCCUCUGAGGAUGAAAGAGAGCCAGACGCAGCAGCGCUCUCUGCACCUCACAUGUGACAGUGCUCCAGGUAGGAGCCAGGGCACUUGGGGUACCAGCUGCAGCAUCAGCCAUGUUAUCUUCCGAGGAGGCACGCAGAUGACUUUCUUGAUAACUUUUGAUGUCUCCCCAAAAGCUGCACUGGGAGAUCACAUACUUCUGAUUGCCAAUGUGAGCAGUGAGAAUAGCAUAUCCAGGACCAGCAAAACCACCUUCCAGCUGGAGCUCCCAGUAAAGUAUGCUGUCUAUGCUUUGAUCAGCAGCCAUGAACAAUCCACCAAAUACCUUAACUUCUCAGCCUCAGAAGAAAAGGGGAGCAGUAUUGUUGAGCACAGAUACCAGGUGAAUAAUCUAGGACAGAGGGACGUGCCAGUCAGCAUCACCUUCCAGGUACCUGUGGAGCUGAAGGGAGAAGCUGUGUGGACAGUAGCAAUCUCUCACCCUCAGAACCUGUCCAUCCAGUGCUCUGCAGAUAAAAUAGAGCCCACACAAUCGGACUUCCUGACUCACAUGCAGGGGAGACCUGUGCUGGACUGUUCCAUCGCUGACUGCCUGUGGCUCCACUGUGACAUCCCCUCCCUGGGCAGCCAGGAGGAGCUUGACUUCAUUCUGAAGGGCAACCUCAGCUUCAGCUGGGUCAGCCAGACAUUGCAGAAGAAGGUGUUGGUCAUGAGUGUGGCUGAAAUCAGUUUCAACACAUCUGUAUAUUCCCAGAUUCCAGGACAGGAGGCAUUCCUGAGAGCCCAGCUGAAGACAGUGCUGGAGAAGUACGAAGUCCCCAACCUGAUCCCUCUCAUUGUGGGCAGCUCAGUAGGAGGUCUACUGUUGCUGGCUCUCAUCACAGCCACACUGUACAAGACUGGUUUCUUCAAGCGCCAAUACAAGGAAAUGAUGGAGGAAGCAAAUGGACAGGUUGUCCCAGAAAAUGGGGCGCCAGACCACCAAGUUUCCCAGUGAGAACUUACCUCCUCUUCUUUGAACCUGCCUUCCUGGGAGGUUGCCCAGCUCUUGUCCCUUUCCCAGUCCCCUAAGGCAGACCCAAGGGUAAAGAAACAUUCCACACCAGGAAGCCUGGGCAUGGCUGCCUUUGCUCUUUGUGUCUUGCUUGCUAAGGGCCAUUUGUCUGGUCAAAGCUUCACCUGGAAACUCUGAGGACAGGGGCUCUGCUUUGAUCCUGAGGACUUGACUUGGAAUUUCUACCUGGGAAUUCACGGGCAGCUCAGUGGCCCCAGUCUCCCCUCCUCCAUUAAUACCUAGGCUCUAUCUACGAUGCAGAACUGAAUCAGCCACUCAUCCUUGUCCAUCUUCAGCGGCUCCUCUCUACUCUGAAGAUAAGUCCGAGCUUUCCAUCCAAUUGGGUGUUAGAACUGAGUUCCAUCUCCAGAAUAUGGGCUUCAGAGAACACAGCACAAGGCAGUCUAUGCUUCCUAGCACUCAUUUCUAGUAAGACACUGUCAGCGCCAACGCUUAGCUUCUCCUUGGAACUCUCAAUCCAGCUUUCUCAAGGUUAACUGACAAGGAAACAUCUAUGCAUUGUCCUUCACAUCGGUGUUGCCAGCUGGGAAGAACGAGCACGCUGUACCCUCAGGAGGGAAUUGCUUCAGCACUGCUUAACCCUGCCCAGUUCCAGGUCAAAAGAGACCCCUGUCACUUUACUAUGUGAUUCUUCCUGGGAAGACAUAAACAUCUAUUUACCCAAGAUUAGAACACCAACAAAAGACCAAAGAAACUACCCAAAUCUGGUUUAGUGAACAAAUAGGGCUCUCAUAGCUCAGUUCCAGCAUGGUGUCUCCAUACCUUGCAGUCAAUGUGUGAUGUCUUCAGCAAUAGGGACUUCUCAUCUAGCUCUAACAUGCAACCAACAGCACUGGCAACAGCUUCAUAUGGUUUGGGGGCAUCAGCGACCUCCCUAGCUCAUAACUUAUAGGGAAGGAGCUGCCUUAUGGCUCCUGGGAGUGCCUUUUUCCACACAUGUGGUGUGCCUUCAUUCAAACUCUUUAACUGAUGUUUUUAUCGUUCUCUCGAUGCUUUUCCAAAUCUAUAAGACAGCCAAGGAUUAGCAUAUAUUUCACAUAUAUAAUAUGUCUAUAAGAAUAAGAAACUUUUUAUUGUCAUCAGCCUUGAUCAAAGAAGCUUCUCUUUACAGCAAAUGGCGCUUAUUGCAGACUCAGGGCUAGUCAUGGUGCUGAGAAUAAGUGACUGCUGAGUGUUCAGCAUCAAAUGGGACACACAGAUCUCCCUCCUCCAAGUCUCAGAAAACACCUUGGAAGAAAGGGCAGAAAGAAUGUAAAAGCCCAGCUGUAGGGAGAGGACUGUGAAACUCUGUCUUAUGGGCACGACAUGGCGGAAGCACUCACAAACUCACACAGCUGCCAUUGCCUGCAUAGGGUCUUAGAGGGCUCAUGGGCUCCGCCUUGCCUAAGGGAGCUAAGGGCAGUCAAGGACUACUGAAGGAGAAGUCCUUAUCUCCAGUGAUGUAACCGUUGGUGAGUUACCCAUGCUGUAGUGGACAUGACCGCAUGAGUGGUCCUGAGUAAAACCAGUGGAUUGCAAAACAAAGAUAUAAAACAAAAACACGUGAAAGUGGG